AUGUCGUCGGCGGUCUCAUCCUCCACGAACCCUAUCAACUCGGCCGCGCGACGCUAUGAAAUCCCUCUGGAUGAAUCAGAUCCUUUUGAUCACAUUAACGAAAAUAACCUUUUCCAUUCAGAAGCAGGAAGAACCCUUACUCGGCACUGCACGUCGCUCCAAGAACACGCCGAUCUAGAGCAUACUCCUUUGACGCCUCGGCACGAAAGCAGGCGAAUGGAAUUUAGCUGGGGCUCUGACUUGCCAUUUGAAGAACAGAGGAGGAACAGUCGAAAUCCGCUGCCACCAGAGCAACUUGGACGGAAGACUCCGCCCUCUCUUGAAGAGAUUAUGCGCAAACCGACAAACAAUGAUAUCGAUAGCGUUCAUAAUAUAGGGCUUCAACAUACCGAUAGCGCCGAGUCCCAGCCUUCUUCUGCACACCUUUCUCGGUCCUCUUCUAGCCUGAGUGAUGCAUUGACUCGUACCGAAACCCGAAGAUCCUCAAUUGCCGCCUUUGCGAAGGGUCUCGCAAGACACAUCCCCGAUAUGAGGAUGUUUGCUCCACCAACUGAGAAAGCCGCCGACAGCCUCGAAGGCCAAAAACGGCGAGACUCACAGGACGCAGUAUCCAUUAAAGGCAAAAGGGAUAGGAAGCCAUCCUUCAUUUUGCUUUCGGCAAUGAAAUCCAAAGGUUCGUAUGAAAAUGCGCCAAACCCGCGUCCUGUCAUCGGAGAAACAUCGAGACAACCUAAUACGAGGCCAUCUACCACGCAAGCCCAUGCGAAAGGCUCACUUAGGGACCGAAGGAAGGUGAAGCUUGACCUGUCGUUGCCUACCGAGAUCCCUGAUCUUCCUGGUCGGACUCGCCCACCCGCUGGUGCAUUGAGCAGCCUCACUCCGGCUCGUCCUCGAAGCCCCCAAACGCCAUGGACCCGUAAGGAGCCACCCGUAUGGGAGCUUAGCAAGUUCCCAAGGUCCGCUCCUAUCGUAGAAGAAGUCUAUAUCCGAGACGGCAUCAUGGGCGGAGAGAACCACGGCGGUCUGGGCCUUCUGCCUGGUCAUGAUCCUAUAUUCUCCCAAUCUCCUGUAUUCGAACGCUCGCCUCCCAAGGUCCACGAUCAGUGCUAUAUCUCUUGUUCCCGCGUGAAACGCGGCCGAAGUGAUCGAAGCGGUACAAGUGAGUCUACAGUUACUCGGACAUCGGAUGGUAGUAGGACACCAAGCGAUGCGAAGAUGUUGCAAGAACAGCAAGCCCACAUAAACGAAGAGCUCCAUAAGCUAAGCCAGACCACCAAAGCCUCGCGCUCACGACGGUGGCCAUGGAGAGCAUCUAGUGAUGAUACCCCUCCAUCUCCGGAACAUACUAACAACUGGUACUCCCUGCAUGCAUUCAAGCGCUCUGCUGGCAGCCCAAAGGAAGCAAACGAUACAAAUGUCAAAAAGCAGGCCACAACCUCAUCGCGUCCUUGGCGCAGCAAACCAACUCAACUUUCACAACCCAACCUCUCCUCCUCUCUAGCUCAUAUGACUCUUCCCCCAACUUUCGUCCCUCCGGGCGUGAACCGCGUCCCCACGCCCCCAAUAUUCGAUGCGCAUGGAGAAGUCAAAGGAAAGCUAGCAAGCUUCUUCUUCGAUGUGCAUAGUGGCCCAACAGGCGCUCCGCGCCGCAAACCGAACAGCUCCUCCGGCGGAUACUGGGACUCGGACGCGCUGUUGAUGAGUUUGAAUACUGGUAUCGAUGCGAAUGACGAGGACUCGGAAGAGGGUCCCGAGGGCCAACCGUCGUAUCCACACACACCGGUGGAUUUCGAGACGAGUAGUACGCCGCGACUUAUGGCGACACCUGGUGGGUACCGUGGUGCAGAGGUGCCGAGUCCAGGGAUGGGAAUGCCGAGCCCAGUUCUUGAGCAGGACGCUCGGUUGGGCGUACAGCAUGGCGAGACGACUGAUGAGCGUGCCUUCAAUCUUCUAGCGCGGAAAGAGGAAGAGGACCGGCGCAAAUUUGAGUGGCUUGUCCCUGAGCAUUUGCCGAACAGUCCACUCUGCCCACUACAUCCGAUAUACAGAGGGCCAUGUGAGGGUUUCUGUUACUGGCAUGGGCAGAAGAAGUCCGGAGAAAGAAGUUUGAGUAGGGAGGAGGAGGGUUCGGGUAACGAGUGGACUGAGGAUAGACAGCGGAGUGAGGAUUACUUUGAGAAAAUGGCGAAGCAGAGAGUGGACAAGGCGAACAGGGAUUGGCAGACUGGGAUGUUUGAUACGGCGGUGCAGGGAGUGAAAAAGAGGCGAUUGGACAGUCUGUCUAGCCCGUGA